GACACAGUUUCCGUAUCAAACCCGUCCAAACAACGGUCCUACCAUGGCAACAGCGAGAAUUUGUGUCCUGUUUGUUGUCCUGUCUUCGACUUUAGCAGAAGACUUAAAAUUAAAAUACAAAACUCCCACUGAACCUGUCCGAUUAUUCACUGAGGAGGAGCUGAAGAGAUACGACGGCAGCGAGGAGGGACAGCCCAUUUACAUGGCAGUAAAAGGAGUUGUGUUUGAUGUCACCAAGGGAAAAGAGUUUUAUGGAAAAGAUGCACCAUACAACGCCCUGGUUGGUAAGGAUUCCACUCGGGCUGUGGCUAAGAUGUCCCUGGACCCAGCAGACCUGACAUCAGAUACUACGGGCCUCAGUGAAGAGCAGCUGGAGUCUCUGGACAGUAUAUUUGAAGGCACGUACAAAACAAAGUAUCCCAUUGUGGGUUACACGGCAUCACGCAUCCUCAACGAGGACGGAAGUCCCAACAAAGCCUUCAAACCCGAGGACCAGCCUCAUUUUCAAAUCAAAGAUGAGUUUUAAUCUCAUUUUACCUCUUUUCUCUUUACUUGUGAGAAUCAGAGCUGAAUAUGCCAGGGUGCAAUACAUGUACAAGAGAAGAAGAAAAUACACAAUAGAAACUUUUUAUUCAUAUUCAUUACCUGAACUGAAGGUUUACAUGAUCUGUUGAGAGCUUUAGCUGCACAAUUACUUUGAAAUCAUUUCAACACGUAUGGUAUGUUUUUUCUAAAAAUACAUUUCAUGAAAAUUAGUGAUAGUACAAUAUCAGAUUUUCACCACGAUUAUAAUGGCCGUAAAAGUUCAUGAUAACAAUAUUAUUGUUAUACCUAUAAAAAAUGAAAUAAUAAUGCUAUCAGUCAAAUUCAUCUUUAUUCUGUUUUGAUUGGUAAAUGAAUUACAGUCAAAAUACAAGUGUAGAGAUGUUAAAGACUCUCUCCACCUCUAUACAUAGCUGCACAAAAAACAAGGCAACCCUAUGGUGUUGAAAGAAAUAGAAAUGAUUUAAGAGGCGCUGGUUAUUUACACGAUAUUUUCACGUGUGUUAUUAACAGGACGUCAGUCAUUCCUUUUAAAAUAUCUUGGUUAUUAUCAGUACCUGUAUAUCACAAUACAUGUAGUCAUGAUUAAAAUAAGGCUGUUUGAUAAACAUUUGGGAGGAAAAUGAUGCUGACUUUUAAAGAUCCCACCCAGACACUUUCUAAGAAAUAUAAAAAAAAUACUGUUUGGAAGACAGAUUUUUUUCACCUAAAGGUUCAGGGGAAGAAUGAGAAAACAUCUUUUUAGUGUCAAACUGAAUAUGUGUUAUUCUGCACAGUGAAGCUCAAACUUCAAAAAUAAAAAUAAGUAAAACACAUUUUUAAAUGAGGGGGACUUAAAUUUUAUGUGUGGUCACAGUGAUCAUCUUCUACCUAUGUCAGAGCAAUUAGAACAAAUGAAUGCACAGAAACAUUUUAUUGGCUUCACAGAAAGACAUCUAAUGGCCAAAUUAAACUACGCGUGUAAUGGAUUCAGAGUUAUGGCAGUCAAAAAAAAAAAAAUCAGCUGUUUCAUAUGAAUAUUCGACA